GUGCCUAGUAUAUAUACACGCACGAUAUACACUACUGCUAAUUAUGAGCCCUUAGCCCAUAUGAAAAAUACAAAUGUAAUUACAAAUUAAUUAAGGCCUAAAAGGGCCUAACAGAGCUACACAAACUUUAUCAAAUUUGAUAUGAGAAAGGAUAAUUAAUUGAGGGGAUUUUCAGAAGAAAAUUAGGGUCAUCCAUGGGAAUAUCAUAUAACCUAAGACAUAGAUGGACUUAAGAUUCCCCUUCAUAUUACAUCCACGGGAAUAUAUUUUUCCGAUUUUUCUCAACACCGCGAACCGAGCAUUGACAUCUAAGGGGGUGUUUGGAACUGAUUCUGCUUCUGCUUCUUUUUUAAAUCAGAAACAGAAUCAGAAUCAGUUUUCAGAAGCUGGUCUCUCUCAUCUUCUAAAAAACGGAUUCUGGGAGUAAAUUAGAGCCAAACACUCCAGCUUCUGGCCUUCUGCUUCCGCUCUCAAUCUGAAAGAGUAGAAGAAGUUUUAAUAAUCAAAUCCAAACACCUCCUAACACUCCUUGCAUCAAAUUCCGACUUUUAUAUGAGAUUAUCCCAAGUCAAAAAGGCCAUAAGAAUUUAAAGUUUCAACAUAUUGUGAAGAAAUUUGUUAAAUGCCACAAAAAAUAAAUGUAAUUCGACUUAUGUGAUGUUAAUUUCAAUAUAAUAUUUUGAUGAUUUAGCUUUAAGCAAUAAUGAUAAUAUCUAUAAACCUUUUAAAUUAUACUACGUCUAAGCUAAUGUAUGUAACAAAAUACACGUAGAAGUUGACGGAAACUGGCAUCAUGUCAUUUUAAGUACUUAUAAUUCAAAUAAUAUAUAUUGAUCGAAGUCUAUAAAGAAGAGGCUAUAUGUGAAUAGAACUGUCGACCAAUUCAUUUUUAUAUAAAUGACUCACUUCUUUUACACAUAUAGCAAAAUAUGUGCAGUUUAAAAAAAUUAAUAUAGCUUCAUACAAAGAAGAAUAAGAAUAAGAAGAAAAGAUGGAACAAUUAAAAUAGAAUAAAAUGCAUUGAAUAGUGACGAACAAGUAACUUUUUUACGAAUGGAUGGACCAUAAAAUACCUUCAGAAUUUUUAUGAUAAAAAUCUACACUCUUGAAUGAAAACAAUAAAUUUCCAAACUAGGUAAAGGUAAAAGUUUAUCAUAUAGUAAUAAUAUUAUUUAUCUCAUCAUAUAGUAAUAAUAUUAUUUAUCUCAUCAUCUAUCAAAGAAUCUUUGAUUUGGUAUUGACUAUUGACUCUCAAUGGUACAAGAAUUAACAAAAUUUCAUUUGUUAUAUAGUUGAAGAACAAUCAAAUUCCACAUUAUAAAAAGUAGAGGGUUUGUAAUGCUUUCAUUAAAUAUGUAGACACAAAAUCCAAAAACUAUGUAACAGAUUUUAUUGAAUCAAAUUAAAGUUGAGCUAGAGCAUUCCAAAUUGUGUGCAAAAUUACAUUCUUACUUGAGAACGUAGAAUAUAUACGUAGUAUAUAUAUUAGGGGUGGGCAUAACGGUUUGGUUUAACCGAACCGAACCGUACCAAACCGAACUAAACCGAACCGAAACCGAACCGUAUGCAAUUUGGUUUGAGUUCGGUACUAUUUCUUUCAAACCGUAUUAAACCGAACCGAAACCGAUAAAACUCAAAACCGAACCGAACUAAAAAAACCGAACCGAACUAAAGAAACUCAAAAAAACUUUCAUAUAUUAUUAAAAUUGGUGGUUUGAUUUGGUUUGGUUGGGGUUUACUUAAGUAAACUGUUUGGUAAACAUUUGCUCAAAUCGAAUGGUUUGGUACUUUGGUUUGGUUUGGUUUAAAAUGGAAAAACCGUAAACUGAAUCGAACACCGAACAACACACACACAUAUAUAUAUACAUACUAGUUUCCCCAUGCGCGAUGCGCGAUUAGGUAAGUGCCCAAUAUUUUAACAUUAGGAAAAUAAUUAUAUUGUUGAAUACAUGUUUAAUAUGAUUCUUUUUAGCCUUUGCCAAUUGGUUAGUAAUGUGACAGUUUCCGUUAUUUUAGUUAAACAGAUGAUGAUAAUCUGAGUAGGUAUGACCUAACUACUUACAAACAUAUGUACUAUGUAACUAAUAGUGAAGCAUCAUCCAUAGUCCAUCUUUUUGUAACGAUGCUUCUGCCAAAUUAAUUUUUCAAAGAAGCCAUCUUAUACUCUUAUGGUUUAAGACUUAAAGUCAUUUAUAUUUGAUGAUUCCCCAUUUAAAAAAAAUGUUAGUCGAUAUGAAACUAUCUAAGCGUUGUAUAGUAUUUAACUCAGUUGUAUAUUGGAGGGAUUGGUCUUAGACUAAAGACCAACCCCUCAAAAGACCUACAAAAGACCUAACUAUUAAGUCUACUUUAUAAAAAACAGCCCUUUAGUUUCUAAAAGAGGCCUGUAUGGGUAUAUUUUUCUUUCAUCAUAGAAUUUUCCCCCUUAACUUAUGAAGUUAAUAAUUUUGAUGGGGAGGCUUGGCGUACCGAUUAAGGCGUUUUGUGUGAUAGAGAGGUCACGGGUUAAAAUCUUGAAAGCGGCCUCUUGUCAAGAUUUGAGAGGGUCGGGAAUGCUUAUACCUUAUACACCCUAUGAUAGGAUCCUUCCCAAGACCCUCGCCUUGCGGGGAUGCCUUUGUCUCCGAAGCAGCCCUUUAUGAAGUUAAUAAUCUUUUUCACUAUUUCAACGCUCAUAAAUGAGCCAUGGAAAAAAAUCUUCUUUAUGAAAGAUCCAAACGUUUUUAAAAAGGGGCUAAAAGAGUUCCAUACUAUACUGCAACUUUGCUUCAGAUUUUGUAAAAUGUGUAUAGACUAUUAAGCGUUUCUUUCACCAAGGGAAAAAUGAACUAUUGAAUUUUUUUAACCCAACAAGUGAUAUCACUAAACAGAAUGGAAAAUAAUGAAGCCAAGUGGUUUUUAAGAGUCUUUAGUUUAAAGUAUUAAAUGUUUCUUGCAUUGUUCUUCAAAGUUUGUCUCCCAAUUAGGGGCUGGAUACAAUAAUGUAAACCAUGAACCAUAAAUGUAAAACCUGUCAUUGAGAUAAUUUUACAAACACCUAUUGUGCUUCAUAUAUCUUUAAACACUUUUCUUCGAAUGAACAUUAAGUAUGCUUGUAUCCAAUAAAGAAAUACAAAUGGUGGGCUUCAUUUCCUUAUCAAAUCAGUUUUUGAAUAUCUUAAAGGGAAAAUGGAAACUAAUAAUCCAACCUUUUAGCGGUCUUCUUUUAAUAAUCCCACCUUUUGAUUAUUCAUGAAUAAUCCAACCUUUGCACCCCAUCUUCAUUCAUUGGUCCCUGGUCGGUUAAUGACCUACUAUUCCAAGUUAUUUUCUUAUCUUUCCAAAAUAUUAUCUUUGUGAAAGAUGAGAUUUAUAGUAUAAUGAUUUGCAAAGAUAAGAAAAUAGCUUGGAAUAGCAGGUCAUCAACCGGUCAGGGACCAGUGAAUGAAGAUGAGGUGCAAAGGUUGGAUUAUUCAUGAAUAAUCAAAAGGUGGGAUUAUUGAAAGAAGACCGCUAAAAUGUUGGAUUAUUAGAUUCUAUUUUCCCUAUCUUAAAUUUACUGUUGAGUUUAUUCCAACACGAUAUAGUAAAUAUAUGUAUGAACACUCAGUUUUUACGUGGAAACCCGAAAGGGAGAAAACCACGGGACUUUUUAGGCUAAUGUCCAAGCCCUCUCAUUCUCAUUAAUCUCUCCUCCCAUUACAUAGUACAAUUUGAGCUCUAUUUAUGGAGUAUUGAGCUAGCUAGAGAGAAAUAAGGAAGAAGAAGCUAAAGCAGGGAUCCUUUUACAUGGAGGGAAACCUCCUAUUUAUAGGGAAUAGGGGGAAAGGAGGCUCUCCACCCUAACGGGCCGAAUGGGCCAAAAUGGGCCCAAAGGCCGAAACAGGCCUGAUAGGCUAAAAUGGGCCUUACUGAUUGGGCUCCGUACUACGUAAAGUCUUGGGCUCCUGAACAGUAAUAGGCCGGGAUAAUAUAUCCCAACACAAGUCCCCCAGUUUCUUGAGUAGUGAGCGUGCGAAUCUGCUCGAGAAAAUAUACUCUUGCUUGCGCUUUACCUCGGUCUAGCUGGAACCUGUGUCCUUGAAUAAUCAUAAUAUAUGAGUGGAUGUUCACACUCCUGAACGUAAUCUGCCGGUGAGGCACCCCCGUUCCCGACGGGGUCGGGCGAAAGGUGCUCCUCCACGGGCACGCUCCCCCUGAAUGCAUCAGGCGAGAGUAAAGGACUCUGACUCAAGCUUUCCAACGGAGAAGCUUAGAGGUCCAUGCAUCUAUAAACCGACGUCGCGGUACUGUCAAAACAUGAUGCACGUGUGUAUGUAUGAAUGUAUGAGGUAUGAUGCAUGAAUGCAUGUAAUGUAUGGGUGCAAUGUAUGAGAGAAGGAAUGUGAGAUGUGAUAGAAAGUGGUGGCUCUCAUCGAUAAACCGGGCAUGUCAGCGCCGAGAGGCAGACGUGCUGCAUAAGAGACGUUCGUCGCCAUCCUGAAAGGGAUGGGCGACCCUAACGUGAGCCAGACACGAUGGCGCUGGGGCGCUGAUCGUGCUGCAUAAGAGACGUUCGUCGCCAUCCUGAAAGGGAUGGGCGACCCUAACGUGAGCCAGACACGAUGGCGCUGAAGCGCUGAUCGUGCUGCAUAAGAGACGUUCGUCGCCAUCCUGAAAGGGAUGGGCGACCCUAACGUGAGCCAGACACAAUGGCGCUGGGGCGCUGAUCGUGCUGCAUAAGAGACGUUCGUCGCCACCCUGGAAGGGAUGGGCGACCCUAACGUGAGCCAGACACGAUGGCGCUGGGGCGCUGAUCGUGCUGCAUAAGAGACGUUCGUCGCCAUCCUGAAAGGAAUGGGGCGAUCCGAACGUGAAAGAGACACGAUGGCGCUGAGAAGCCGAUCGUGCUGCAUAAGAUGGUCAUCGCCAUCCUGGAGGGAAUGGGGCGAUCUGAACGUGAAAGAGACACGAUGGCGCUGAGAAGCCGAUCGUGCUGCAUAAGACGGUCAUCGCCAUCCUGGAGGGAAUGGGCGAGCCGAACCGUGAAGCCAGGUACGAUGGCGCUGAGGGGCCGAUCGCACUGCAUAAGACGUUCGUCGCCAUCCUGGAGGGGAUGGACGAGCUGAACGUGAGCUGGGUACGAUGACGCUGAGGGGCCGAUCGCACUGCAUAAGACGUUCGUCGCCAUCCUGGAGGGGAUGGAUGAGCUGAACAUGAGCUGGGUACGAUGGCGCUGAGGGGCCGAUCGCACUGCAUAAGACGUUUGUCGCCAUCCUGGAGGGGAUGGACGAGCUGAACGUGAGCUGGGUACGAUGGCGCUGAGGGGCCGAUCGCACUGCAUAAGACGUUCGUCGCCAUCCUGGAGGGGAUGGAUGAGCUGAACGUGAGCUGGGUACGAUGGCGCUGAGGGGCCGAUCGUACUGCAUAAGACGUUCGUCGCCAUCCUGGAGGGGAUGGACGAGCUGAACGUGAGCUGGGUACGAUGGCGCUGAGGGGCCGAUCGUACUGCAUAAGACGGUCGUCGCCAUCCUGGAGGGAAUGGGCGAGCCGAACCGUGAGUCUGGACACGAUGGCGCUGAGGGGCCGAUCGUGAUGCAUAAAACGUUCGUCGCCACCCUGGAAGGGAUGGACGAGCUGAACGUGAGCCGGGUACGAUGGCGCCGAGGGGCCGAUCGUACUGCAUAAGACGGUCGUCGCCAUCCUGGAGGGAAUGGGCGAGCCGAACCGUGAGUCUGGACACGAUGGCGCUGAGGGGCCGAUCGUGAUGCAUAAAACGUUCGUCGCCACCCUGGAAGGGAUGGACGAGCUGAACGUGAGCUGGGUACGAUGGCGCUGAGGGGCCGAUCGUACUGCAUAAGACGGUCAUCGCCAUCCUGGAGGGAAUGGGCGAGCCGAACCGUGAAUCUGGACACGAUGGCGCUGAGGGGCCGAUCGUGAUGCAUAAAAAUAGUGAUAAAUCGUGAGUGAUAAUCGUCUCGCGGCCCUCGGCCGUGCUGGUGAUGUGUCAAGUCUCUAUCCUGAUUGGCUGUGAGAAGCCGAUCGUCUGCCAGGACUCCAUCCAGGAAGGAAUGGUGAGCCUGAAAUAAAUCUGGGCGAUGUCCCUCCGUCUGAUCUGGGGAGCUGGUAUUCGUCGUCCAAGGCAAAAGAAAGCCUGAUGUUAGACAAUCGUCGUCGGCCACUUCAUUCUUCGUACUUAAGUUUUGUAAUUAUUCCUUACAUAUGUUUUUCAGUUUGUACUUCCCGGCCAAUAGCGCCGAGGGAUAAAAUCAUUCUUUGCUCCGUGCUCUUCUGGCAUCUUUUUUUUUUUUUUUGGAGUCUUUUAGUCUUCGUUCGUCCUUGGUUCUUGGUCCUACCAGCGUCCUUACUUCGAAGAGACGUCCGGUAUCCUCGAAACUCGCAAGGAGGAAUAGGUUUAUCUACAUCGAGAUUCCCCCUUUUUUUUGUUCGUCCGUGGUCCUUUUAGUCUUACCGGCGUCUCUUGCUUCGAAGAAGACGUUCGGUACCCAAGGAACUCGCAGGGACGAACUGGUUUACCCUCACGGGUUCCCGACUUUGUUAUCCCACGUCCAUCGAUCCAUGGUCAUUGUGGGAUAAACAGGUUUAUCUUGGCAAAGCUCCCUUAGUUCGUCUAGCCCCCUCCGCGUCUCUACUAACCUCUACAUCGAGAGGCGUUCGUCUUCGGCGGUGGGAGAAGAUCUGGCACGCCCGGGCAAGAUUCCCUUCCACAUAGGAGCUACCCCCCUCUUCUCCCCAUCUUUUUUUUUUGUUUUGUUUUUUUUUUGUUUGAGGGAGGCAAUCUAUAUUCUUCGUUCGUCCGUGGUUCUUGGUCCUAUCGGCGCUCUUGCUUCGAAGAGACGUUCGGUAUCCGCGAAACUCGCAAGGAGGAACGGGUUUAUCUACAUCGAGAUUCCCUAGCUCUUCUUAGUCCGUCCCUGGUCUGUGGUCCUACCGAUCUUCCUACAUCGAAGAAGACAUUCGGUAUCCAAGAAACAAGCAUAGUGCAAAAAGCGUAUAUAGCGUGGUGCUGUUAUGGCGAACAAAUAUAAUGACGGGGCGAUAGAAUAGCUGGUCGUCAUGUGAAGGCGAUGGUCACCCUCCUGGAGGGGAGUCGUGAGCCCGAUCGCAAACUCAAGAGGGUCGGCAUUGGGAGCCGACAAACAAUGAUCAUAAUGUCGCUGAGCAGUCGGUCCUGAUAAUGGAGACGGCAAUAGUGUCCAGGUCAGGCUGACAUAUCCGAGCAACGGCUCUCAUCCACGCAGCGCGGGGGUGAAACCGGUCUUCAAAAGAUAAAUAUGUCGUGCCGAGAGGCCGAUCAUAACAUGAUAGUGUCGGCAGUGAGAGGCCGACCUGAAAGAAUCAAACAACGGUCCUCAUCCGCGAGGUGGCGGGGACGAGGCCGGUCUUCAAAAGAUAAGCACGCCGAGCCGAGAGGCCGGUCGUGGUAUAAUAAUGUCGGCAAUGAGCGGCCGAUCUGAGAAAAUCAAGCAACAGUCCUCGUCCGCGAGGGCGGGGACGAGGCCGGUCUUCAAAUAUGAUAAUCACGCCGAGCCGGGAGGCCGAUCGUGAUAUAAUGAUGUCGGCAAUGAGAUGCCGAUCAAGAUAUGGUCAAGCAACGGUCCUCGUCCGCGAGGUGGCGGGGACGAGGCCGGUCUUCGAAUAUGAUAAUCACGCCGGUCCGAGAUGCCGGUCGUGAUGUAAUGAUGUCGGCGAUGAGAGGCCGACCUGAAAGAAAUCCAGCAACGGUCUUCGUCCGCGCAGCGCGGGGACGAGGCCGGUCUUCAGAUAUGGAAAGCACGCCGAGCCGGGAGGCCGAUCGUGAUAUAAUGGUGUCGGCAAUGAGCGGCCGAUCUGAGAAAAUCAAGCAACGGCCCUCGUCCGCGAGGGCGGGGACGAGGCUGGUCUUCAAAUAUGAUAAUCACACCGUGCCGAGGGGCCGGUCGUGAUAUGAUGAUGUCAGACGGCCCUCGGCCGUGACGAUCUCUUCUAGGCCCUCGGCCUCUGAAUGACGGGUGAUCGUCUCACGGUUCUCUGUCAUGGCAUUCGCCUCUAGACCCUCGGCCUCUAGGUGUUCUUCCUAGGCCAUCGGUCUCUGGGGUGGAGAUGCUCGUCCCACGGUUCUCAACCGUGGUGGUCUCCUCUAGGCCCUCGACCUCUGGGUGGAGAUGCUCGUCCAUCGGCUCUCAGCCGUGAUGGUCUCCACUUUAGCUGGCCCUGAACGUCUUCAAGAUUCGGGCCGAGCGUCUUUUAAUCAUUUCGCUCGAGCGCGUCGAGUGGCUUCAGCUGCGCAAUAAGCAUGAUAACGGGCCGCACUGCCCGACAAUAUGUAUACACACAUAACCAUCUGUAUGGCUUUCUUUCUAACACCCACGAUUACCGGCCUAUGGGUUACCGUGACCCUCGGCCCGGCUCAUCGUGCGGGGUUAAUGGACGUAGUAGCUCGCGGCGGGGCCAAUUAGCAGCCCGCCGAACGUCACAUAGAGAUAUUCAUCGGUCCGUGAGUUUUCAAACUCAGACCCAAGUUGGUCGCACUGCCCUCGGAAAAACGAGGUUGAGUGCUUUGCUGCCCUCGGGCCCCAUAGGCCACGUUUGGCAAUAGUCACUUCGCGCCUAGCGGCGCGGAUGGUUCUGGGGUACGGUCGUCGAUCGGGCACGUAGUGCCGUGCGGACUAACGUGCAACCCUCAAAUUAAAAUGCGUCGUCGGGGCAUCGCCCUACUGGAGACGCUCGGAUCGCUUAAUCAAGCUGAUCGAGAGUGGGCUAACGGGCCCACAAGAAAUUAAAUAUUCAAUAAAAUGUUGGCUGAACCAACCAUCACUAGAGCUUCGCUCCACAUUAUUUAAUUCGGGACAUUUUAUCCCUAUUCCCUAAUAAAUAAUAGUGAUGUGACAGGUAAUAGCACGGAGGCUAACCACUCAGAUAUGCUUCGUUCGCUAAUUAAAGCCGAUCGGGGUGGGCCUACGAGCCCACAACAAUAAGUCAUUAAAUUAAAUGACGGUGAAGCUAAUUAUCACUAGAGCUUUACUCAUUCGAGUUUUGCCCGACAUUAUUUAAUUCCGGGAUAUCUUAAUCCCCUAUUAAAUAAUGGUGAUGUAACAAAUUAAGUAAUAAUAAUAUUUUUUACUAUUAUCUCACUUAGAUAUACCAAUGUAAAAGUAUAAGUACUUAGCUUUUGAAUAUGGAGACGUUCGGCCGGUUGGGGAACUUGGGAGUUUGCUUUGAUUCCUCUCUGCAAUUUUGACUUGGUCAAAAUUCCAAACAUCCUUGCCCAUCACCGGUCUUCAAUUACUCAGCGGCUCUUAAGUGUACGUACGUCCAAGCUAAGCCAAGAGGGCUUCGGCUUAUUGAACUUCCCCAAUCUUGACUUGGUCAAAACUCUUCAAGGAAAUCAGGCCUUUUACUUGGCCCAAAUAUCGCGGACGUGGUCCGCCGUCCGCCUAGGACCAUGGCAGCUGAAAUACGAAGUAUACCUUUUUAGAAAAAGCAGUGGACGCCUUCUGAAAUCACUGGGCCCAAGACGAACGUCUUAAGGAUGCCAUCAUCCGAAGGCGAGCGUGGUGACCUGCAACUCGCAGCAUCAGGAGACGAGCAGUGACCAGCCAUAGGCCGGGCGGCGCGGUGUAAUCCGUCCAGCGUUUUCAUGUGGCACCUGCUCGGCCGAUUGGGAGGUUCGGCCUCAUUGUCCAGAGCUUUCCUCUCACAGAGAAUAUCUUCCAUCCGGGGAGAGGGCUUGGUAGAGAAACUGGCAUCCUCCCUCUUGCAGAAAGACGUCGAGCGGCAGAGUAAGACGGCGGUUAGCGGUCCUUUGCGGGCAUCCCAAUUGAAUCGGGUCCAGGGAGAGAGUGGCAACAACGAGAGCUGGGCGUAUGGUAGUUCCCCUGGGGCGGAGCUGAACCAAGGAUGUGUGUCGCUGUCAUUUGAGUGGUCGUGGGGUGCUUGAGGCUGCUCGGCUAGCUACUGGGGUGAUGGUGUUCACCUGAUCUAAUCCGGAGCGGGCCAAGCAAGGCACCAGAUUCCUGUGCGGCAGAGCAGCCCCGGGUUCCGGGCGUCUCGCUGUUUUAGGUGCCGGCCCGCCGGGCGGCUUAGGAUGCUGAUGCGUGCCGGGCGAUCAGAUUUGCUUGUGUUCUCGACGUCACGAACAUAGCCAUCAUUCCUCAUGCCGGAAGCUAAACAUUGACCAGGGUAGCAUUUCUGCAGUCUGCACUUGGUGGGUAGGCGGCCAUAUAGUUCCAAAUUGUGUGGUUGCCGCACAUAGGCAGAUCGUCCGACUUGGGAAAAACCCAUGCAACCCUUGGGUCCGGAUCUGCAUGGGAGAAAACGGCAACGGCGAGCCGCUGCCCAGGUUGAUGCUCCAUAUCCUGCCUCAACCAGGAGCAUUUAACAGGUGUAAUGGUACGCGCUUGGUUGAAGAAAAACGGGUGCAGGUCGGCCCCUUGGAAGCCCGCUCGUCCUCCAACAAUUGAUGAAGGUUUUUAGCCUUUGAAGAUGCUUGCGUGGAGCCCACCUGUCCCUUUUCUGCCAGCUUUACAUUCCUAGCUGACCAUUUUAAUUCCUUGAUGUGAAGACCCCUGCUGAGGAACUGAGCUUGCAAGGUAGCAGUCAUCUCAACGGCAACAACACUUGCUGGCCUGGGUAGCUCUUCCGUCCCCUUUUAAUUUCUGGUGCAGCAAGCUUCGUCCGGUGAAGAUGAACUCACCGAAGGUUCCACAGGACGGUGAAGGCGGCUCCGGCGACCCCAAUCCAGAUCUGGUGAAGUCCAGAUUUGACUUCCCAGACUUCAUAGCUUCUCCUAUUUCCCGAAAUCAUUUUUUUUAUUAAAUUUUUCUUCUUUUUUGCUAGAAUCAGUCCACUUGGUAUCAAUCUUUGCACAAAAAACUGAAGAACACAUGAAUCUUUUUGGACAGAUUCCCACAGACGGCGCCAGUGUUGAGUUUAUUCCAACACGAUAUAGUAAAUAUAUGUAUGAACACUCAGUUUUUACGUGGAAACCCGAAAGGGAGAAAACCACGAGACUUUUUAGGCUAAUGUCCAAGCCCUCUCAUUCUCAUUAAUCUCUCCUCCCAUUACAUAGUACAAUUUGAGCUCCAUUUAUGGAGUAUUGAGCUAGCUAGAGAGAAAUAAGGAAGAAGAAGCUAAAGCAGGGAUCCUUUUACAUGGAGGGAAACCUCCUAUUUAUAGGGAAUAGGGGGAAAGGAGGCUCUCCACCCUAACGGGCCGAAUGGGCCAAAAUGGGCCCAAAGGCCGAAACAGGCCUGAUAGGCUAAAAUGGGUCUUACUGAUUGGGCUCCGUACUACGUAAAGUCUUGGGCUCCUGAACAGUAAUAGGCCGGGAUAAUAUAUCCCAACAUUUACAUAUCUAUAGCACUUGGUAUUAAGCAAGCUAACUAAUUUGAUGUCUAUUAUGAUUUACCCGUUU